AUAUUUUCUGAUAUAUAAAAUUAUAAAGAUGAUUCUCCUUCCCUGUAUAGAACACAGGGGAGGAGAAACGUCAAUGUCAUAAAUAUUUUAAAAAUAAGUGCAAGAAGCGGUAGUAUUGGUAAUAUUUUCUAUUUAAUACGUAUAUAAUCUUUUUUCAUUUUUAAAAUAUACCUCAAAUCGUGACGAAAGUAAAAUUAUCAUGGCAAAUAUUCGACCAGCCGGCCUAUCCGAUGAAGAUACUGAUAAUGAAGAUGAUUACGGAUACGAUCAUAAAUUACAUCGAACGCAAUUCAUCGAUGAAAAAAAAAAUGCUAGACAAAUACUUGAAAGAAAUUUUCAAGAACAUAUAAGAAGUGGGAAUAUACAAGCAGUUUCUCUCAUUGUUAGCACAGACUUAAAGAAUGAAGUCAAUACAGUACUCGACAGUGGCUGGACUCCCUUGUUACAUGCAUGUUUUCAUGCACAAGAACAAAUUGUCGAUUAUUUUUUAAACUUAGGUGCUGAUACAAAUGUACAUGCUGAUUCCCUUACGCCCAUCAUGAUGAUAUGUACCAAUAGUACUGCCAGUGAAACGACGGUCUACAAUAUAGUGUCCAAAUUGAUAGAAUAUUAUUGUAUAUUGAACAUCGGAGACAAAUAUGGAGUAACACCCCUUAUGAAAGCAGUCCUUACAGGUCGUACUUCGGUUGUAGAACUUAUGCUUGAAAAUGGUGCCAAUAUUGAGAUGCGAGACUCCCAAGGCUGGACGGCUGUAUUUUAUGCCAUUCAUCAUAAUCAAGCAGAAUGUCUCGAAACUUUGUUAAGUCGAGGAGCAAGAUUUAAUAUAGUUGAUAUGGCAAAUCGCUCGCCUAGGCUUAUUGCUUACUCACAUAAUAAUCAUGCAAUACGCCGACUUUUAACAAAAUAUUCAAAUAUUCCUGACGAUGACACAGACGACGUUGACAAUAAAGAUAUAAGUAACGAUAUGAAUAAUAUGUGCGAAUGGCAUGAGUAUUAUCCAGGAUUAAGAGAUGAAAAUAGACCAAAGUAUUCAUACGAAAUAUAUAAUCUUUUAUACGGUAUGAAUUGUGACCACUUGAAGCAAUUAUUUGCGAAAACGCCAAUGGAUUUACGGAAGUUUCUGCUAUUAGAAGAUGAAGAUAUGAUUAAGCUUGGCGUUGAUAUGCCUUUUGAAAGACAAAGAUUGAAGUACGGCUUGCGUGCGUUUCAUAUAUAUGGGUGGAAAGUGGACUCGGUCGCUGGCUUGCAAACUGAAAGAGGGAAUAAUUACAGUAUGAUCAAAUGUGUUAACGUAUUGGGAAAUCAUCUGCAACAGUUGUACAUAUUGGAAGCGACGCUCACAUAUGCUCUACGUGAUUACAAUAGAGUUCAAAAUAAAAUAAAAUUUGAACCUCCAGACUCACCGACUUUAGAAAAACUGCAAAAUGCAGUUACGAAAAUGACCGCAAAUGUCAAUAGCAUUAGACGAGAAAUUAAUAUAAUGAAGAAAAUACAUACUAGGAUAAGUAAAGAUAGCGAAAAACCAGUCGACCUUAUUAUUGAAAAGACGACCAAAGAAAUAGCUGUUGAUAUAUUUACUAAAAUUGCUGUUAUUAGCUGUCUAUGUUAUCUUUUGUAUCGCGGAAAGGGUUUAAUUCCUAAUAUGUUCAAGAAAUAAAUCCUCAACGCCUAUUAAAAAAAAAAAAACUUUUUCUAUUUUAA